AGUACAAGAAGAAACAAAAAGUUUAGUACUGAAACAACAGAAGCGCAUACAUCUCCCGCGCCCCACCAUAGUUGCCACUUACGCAUAAAUCAUGGCGAGAACACCAAGAAUCUUACAUCUUCUGCUAGCCCUUUGUAUCCUCUCAACUAAAAGCACGUCCUCUUCAGCUACCAGCGCCACCGAUGCAUUCCUCGGCUGCCUCUCCACGGACAUCCCGCCUCGCCUACUCCACACCCCGGCAACCCCGUCCUAUUCUGCCCUCCUGCUGUCCUCUGUCCGGAACCUCCGCUACAUCUUGCCAGGCACCACGAGGCCGCUCGCGGUUGUUGCGGCCACCGAGCCCGCUCACGUGCAGACCACUGUGCGCUGCGGCCGCCGCCACAGCAUCCGCAUCCGCACACGCAGCGGUGGCCACGACUACGAGGGCCUCUCCUACGCCUCCCUCGAUCGCAACGAGCGCUUCGCCGUGCUCGACCUCGCGGAGCUACGCACCAUCCGCGUCGACGCCGCGCGAGCCGAGGCUUGGGCCGAAUCAGGCGCCACGCUCGGCGAACUCUACUACACCGUCGGCGCCGCCAACCACACACUCGCGUUCCCCGCGGGCUCCUGCCCCACAGUUUGCCUCGGGGGGCAGCUCAGCGGCGGCGGGUUCGGCUCGCUGGCCCGCAAGUACGGCCUUUCUGCCGACAACGUCCUUGACGCGGUCGUCGUGGACGCCGACGGGAGGCUACUGAACAGAAGCACCAUGGGGGAGGACCUCUUCUGGGCCAUCCGGGGCGGCGGCGGCGAGAGCUUCGGUGUCGUUCUGUCUUGGAGGCUGCGGCUAGUGCGCGUGCCGGAGACAGUCACAGUGUUCAGCAUCCGCCGAUCAAGAAACCAAUCCGCCAUCGACCUCAUAACCAAAUGGCAAGAAAUCGCGCCGGUCUUGCCCUGGGACCUGUAUCUCCGCGUACUCGUGCAGAACCAGCACGCGGACUUCGUUGCCCUGUAUCUUGGCGGGUGCAGCCGCCUCCUGUACCUCAUGCGAGAUCACUUCCCAGAUCUUGGAAUGAAACAACAGGACUGCCAGGAGAUAAGCUGGGUCCAAUCCACCGUCUUCUUCGCGUUCUUCACGACCUCCAAGCCACUCGAGCUGCUCCUGGACAGGAGCGGCAAGCCGAACUACUACCUCAAAGUCAAGUCCGACCACGUGCAAGAACCCAUCCCAAGGCUCGUGUGGGAGAGCACAUGGGCGUGGCUUGAAAAGCCGGAGGCAGCGCUGCUCAUGCUGGACCCCUAUGGCGGCCGCAUGGGCAGUAUAUCGCCGUCGGCAACGCCAUUCCCGCACCGGAAGGGGAACCUCUACCAACUCCAGUACUACUCGUUCUGGUUCGAGAAUGGGACUGCGGCAUUGGAGAAGAGAAUGAGCUGGGUCAGGGGACUGUACAAGGAAAUGGAGCCUUACGUGUCCAAGAACCCAAGAGCUGUGUAUGUGAACUACAGGGACCUGGAUCUGGGGACGAAUGAAUUGAAGGGUAAUGUGACCAGCUAUGCAAAGGCUAAAGUUUGGGGGGUGAAGUAUUUUAAAGGUAAUUUUGAGAGGUUGGCAGCUGUCAAGAGCAUGGUGGAUCCUGAUGAUUUCUUCAGGAAUGAGCAGAGCAUUCCUCCUCUUCCUGCUGCAAAAGGAUAGAGAUCCAUUUGAUUGGAUGGAGAUCUUUUCAUUGGAGUGUGCACUGUGCCGUUCUAGUGAUGAUCCGUGUCAAGGGAUUUCGUCUUUGGGACUCUUAAUUGCGAUCUCCGUGGUUGAGAAUUUGUCUCGGUGAAGUAACGUGUAUUGUGUUCACUAGUUGAAAGUCUGUGACAUACCAUAAAUAAAAAGAAUCAUGUUGUC